UUCUUUUGAGCAAGCUCUUCCUCUUCCUCCUUAGCAAGCACCGCCUCGAGAAGGUCCCCGCCUGCUCGCUGGGUGGCAUUUUCCCGCCUUGCUGGAGAAGCUGCCACAGGGAUCUUUGGUCUGAGCUUAAAGCAUGCUGACAACAAAAGUAUUCACUCUGGUCCUGGUGGUGCAACCACGGCGAGUCUUGCUGGGCAUGAAAAAACGUGGAUUUGGGGCUGGGCUCUGGAACGGAUUUGGAGGGAAGGUGCAGUCUGGCGAGACAGUUGAGCAGGCAGCAAAAAGGGAGCUAAAGGAAGAGAGUGGACUGAUGGUGGACACCUUGCAGAAGAUGGGACAGAUAACUUUUGAGUUUGUGGGCAACACUGAGCUGAUGGAAGUCCAUAUUUUCCGCACCGACAGUUUUCAAGGAGACCCCACGGAAAGCGAUGAAAUGCGUCCACAAUGGUUUGACCUGGACCAGGUGCCUUUCAAGAACAUGUGGCCAGAUGAUAUCUACUGGUUUCCUCUUCUGCUCCAGAAGAAGAAGUUCCUUGGCUACUUUAAGUUCCAGGGGCAGGACACUAUCUUAGAAUACACCCUGAAAGAAGUGGAGAAGAUAUAAGAGCAGACCAAGGACAUUAAGCACUUCAUGGCUGAGAUGUGAACCAUUGGCCAUAUUGGCCGAGAACCAAGCAGUUAAGAACUUGACACAAAUGACCCUUUCCAUCAGCUCCAUGGCGAAGGAAACAACUCUCUCCCGCAAGUGCGAGGCUAGUGACAGAGCAGGGCAGCUGCUCUCUUGCAGGAGACAAAGGGCAACACUUCUUAGGCAUGCACAACUGCCUAACUGCCGAUUGUUCCUAUUUCAACACAUAGGCCAACAAUUUCAUUUUGCAGCAAAAGCCGGGUUAGUGCCUUCUUUAAAUAGUGUUGUCUUUUGUAUCGUGUUUAGGGUCCAGCUCCUCUGUUCUUGAGUAUAUGUUAAACUGGUUGCACGUUAGUGGCUUAGCUUUUUUCUCCUUCCCAGUAGUGGUUAUGGACAGAAGCUGCACAUCCCAAAGGCGACCACUUCUAUGCAGAAGUUUUAUUGACUGUAAUGGCAAGCAGGAAAGAGACUAGUGAGUCGCUUCAGGGCACGAUGCAUCGCUUCCAGGUGUAGUUUGUGUUAAAAAUAAAAGUCCCAAUAUACUGUU